CGUCACUCUUACUCUAUUUAAAGGACUCCAGCUUGCUUCCCCUGCCGGAACGUCUAGCAGAGUACCUGCAAGUGUAAGUGAGUCGUCUGGGCAGCAACGCUGGUCUUAAUCCAUUGUCGGCUUAACUCUACACAGUCGUCGAACAAGCAUGGAAGUACAGAAAGAAGCGCAGCGCAUCAUGACCCUGUCGGUGUGGAAGAUGUACCACUCUCGCAUGCAGCGCGGUGGCUUGCGCCUCCACCGGAGUCUGCAGCUGUCCCUCGUUAUGCGCAGCGCUCGGGAGCUCUACCUCUCAGCCAAGGUAGAAACCCACCAGCCCGAGUUCCCGCCAUCCCGCAGGGCCCUUGACCCUCGCCUGCACCCGCCGCGAGAAUCCGAAGCUGCAGUGGAAGCAGCGACCCCCGACGUCGAGCAGCCUCCGGAGCCCAUGGACACGCAAGAGGAAGUGCUGCGAGUCCAAGAGACCCCCGCGCUCUGUGACCCGCCCCCCGCUAGAGUCAGCCGCAAGCGCCGGAGCAGCAGCGACUUGAGCGACGGUAGUGAUGCCGGACUGGUACCAAGCAAGAAGGCCCGUCUGGAAGAGGUGGAGGGGGAGGCGACGUCGGAGAUCUCCGAUCGCCUGCAGCUUCCUCCCGCACAAACCGAAGGUGCCUUCCCUAACCUCGCCCGCGUCCUCCAAAGGCGCUUCUCCAGUCUCUUGAACUGUGGGCCGGCCGUGCCCCCGCCGACGCCCCCCACGUGCGAGGCCAAGCCAGCCUGCCGCCCGGCCGACAAUAUGCUCAACGUGCUGGUGCGAACCGUGGUGGCCUUCUGAGGAUUACGAGCGGCGCCACCGGAGCGGAGAACGCACACCCGAGGCGAAGGCCGGCGGGGGGCCGUAAAGAAGAGCCGCGGCCCGAGCUGCCGAGAGGCCAGGGGAAGGACUGAGGAGCUAGGGGCGCGGGCGCCUUCUCCCAGACGUACGUCCACAGGUGCUAUUAAAGGACUGUCCCUUCCUUGGUUUGGAGAAGGGACACCUGGAUCUUGAAUCUCAGGGUCGGACUCUCUAGGGCCCAGGCUGCCCUUUCAAGGCCGUUUCACUAGCAUUCGCGUUUCGGCCCCUACAAGUGGGCACGCUUGUGCAAGCGGUCAGAGUUGCGUCAUGGGACAGACGCGGGUGCUUCCUGUUGCCUUGCGUGGGUGUGGGGCCUGGGAGGAGGCCAGGGUGUGGACCCGCCCUAGGGACUGGGAAGUGACUUGAGUCACCUCGCCCCCACAGGCUGCUGUGGGGGAGCCGGCCUUCGGCUGAGAGCCUGAACUGAACCAAUCAAAUCUUGCUGCGAUCAGAGUUGAUUGAAGUGGCUGGAGACCCCCGGACUGGUCAGCCUAGACUGAUCGCCUGGCGUGGACUACCGCGGAAAGGGUGGGUGGGUGGUCUCAGUUGCUGCCUUAGACACGACCUCUUCGGGCAAGAAAGAAUUUUUUACCAGCGAAUUUAAGAAAGUCUGUUUACUUUUCCCACGGUGGGUUGUGUUUAACUCCCAACUACCUGGAGUUUUACAAUGUCAGCUAGGAAAAUAAAAGUCCAUCGGUGUAAAACGCG